GUGAUUCGUUACAUAAAAUUUAUCUUGUUGUAAUCCUUGCACAAGUACUCUACUACUUCCAUACCUAUAACUAUUAACUCUCAUAUCAAAUAGUUAUGGUUAACCAAAGUAAAAAGCAACGAACUCAAUCCCCUGUAAAUCUGAUGACUAAUUUUAAGUCGUUGAUUGCUACAUCAAGCAACAUACUUCCUACAAAUGGUUAUAGUGAGCCACAAAACUCACUUGUAUGUCGUAAGCGUCGAGCUGAAACUGUGGAUAAAACUAUACUGGCAGCUAGUAUUAGCACUACUCCCAAAAAUUCAGUACCCUCUGCUCACACAGAAACCCUCCCUACACCUUAUGUGCUUAUCGAAAAGCUCCAGCCUACAAGCUCUGUUUCAGUACUAUCUUCUGAAAUAGAACUUCUAAAGUUGACUAUAGGAGAACUUAAGACCGAGUUAAGGGAAAUAAAAAACAAUAAGUCAGUAAAUCCUGGAAUUUCUGAAAGCAAUACCGAAAUAUCCAAUUUAUC